AUGCAGAAAGCCACCGACCCCAGCAGCUCCAGCCCCAGUUCCAUCCAGUUCUUGUACAACUUUUCAGUUCCAGGAUCCAUCGACGCCAGGCUGCAGCCUUUGGGAGCCUUCCGCCUCUACGAGUGCCGGGACGGGCCUUUGGAGCGCAGGUCCCUGGACUUGCCCAAGGACCGGGACGAGAUCCUUGAUCCGGGCACC